AUGGGAACCGUAGGAGGUACGACUCUGAGGCCUCUUCCCUUCGCGCUGCCGAACCUUAAAACUGACCGAGCUGAAAUGCAGCCAUACAAAGUCACGCAUGGGCUGCUUGACGUGGUGUGUGGGACUUCAAGACUUUCGAUACUAGUCGAACAUACUAAUCAGUAUUUGUCUGGUCCAAACUGCACUAAGCACAAGGUCAAAUGUUCCUUUCACGAUACACCGUCACAAGAAGAGUUGCUCAUCCAACCUCCGCCUGAGAAUACUCCAUCAAAGUCUUGUUCAACCUCUAAACCUCGCCGACCAUGGUCGGCCAAGGCCAGGGCAGAGGUAAGGCAGUGGAGAAGGACAGGGUCAAUGCCUAUACCGGACGAUCGUAUCAGAAUAACCCUGCAACCAACCAUAUACUCUGAGGAUGACUUAUGCUUCGUUUACCAAGCAGCAAGCAAUCAACAUAGACUUACAACGAUGGGAGUGACAUACCAAGUUGCGUCAGUUACUCACUGCCAACAUGCCCGUCGGAAAGAGUAUCAAUACCAGAUGCUAGCUAUCCAGGAUCUCAGGAGGUGUUUGUCCAACUUUAGACCGGAGCAUGCUGAUGGUGCCCUUGUUGCUUCAAUGGCCUUGCUAUGGCUCUGUGAAGACAUGUCGAGCCGAAGACAGAUUGCAGAAGGGAUCUCAGCGGCAAGUCACCAAUCCGGAUUUUAUCACAUGAUAUCAAAAGCAUGGCGUCAAACUGCCCAUCUGCACACAGCGCUCAAGACGGAGUGCGGGAAGCCGAGUGGACUACAACGUAUAAUUGUCGAGAUGCAGAAAUUCAAGGCCCUCUUGAAGGAGCAAGAACCGGACGAUGACACUUGGAGACAACUGCGGCUACUCAUCGCCCUCGCGGAGGACUUGACCGAACUGGAGCCAUCAACGCCCGCCGAUAAACAAUUCGAACGGAUCCGGCUAUUGCGAGACUACAAACUCUGGCUCCCACUUAACGACCUCUUGACCGGCAGGAACCUGUCGAGCACGCUGAUGGUUAAUGCCUACUUAUACACGAUAGCUUUAUACGCCCAGCGCCAGACAUCACAGGCGUAUAUGAUUGACCUGGGAGUUGACCUGCCCAGUUUACUGGAUGAAACGUUCCGGCAAAUCACACCUAUUAACUCGUACCUUGGUCCACUCAACAACCUGAAAGCUCUGGUAUCGUCAUUGUCAUAA